AUUUGAUCAAUAUUGUGGGGCGUGAAAAUUAGGCAGAGUGACAAAAUUGGCUCGUAAUUAUUGAAUUGCAUCAAAUUAAGCGAACCUAAAGCCGUGAACGUCGAGACCACACCCGUAGCCAGCCGCAGGAAAGUGCACAAAGAUACCCUGCUUGAGGAUGAGCCACCAGCCAGCGAGCAAACGUAAAAAAAUUGUCGAACUGCCACUGUGCUGUGGCUGGCAGGGCUGCCAGGAGAUCUGCAAUGGCGAAUGGAACCUCAAUAGCCACAUAGCCGAGCACCUGGAGACGUAUGCCGCCGAGCAGCAGCAGCAGAACGACGCAGAGCAUGCCUGCCAAUGGAACGACUGCGUUUUCCGCACAAGCUGCGCCGAGGAAUUGGAGCGUCACGCGUACUAUCACGGCUACUACAGCCAGCUGCUGCUCCAGGGCAAGCUCGAGUGCGACCUGCAUCCGGAGAUACCCGCCUGCUGUGCGCCCGCCCGCAUGGCGGACAAGCUGCCCGAUCUCAAGCAGAACUUCCACUGCGGCUGGAUGGACUGCAAGCGGGAAUUCGUGUCCAUUGUGGAGUUCCAGGAUCACAUAGUCAAGCACGCCCUGUUCGAGUACGACAUACAGAAGACGCCCGACGACGAGCGGCCCAAGACGCAGUGCAACUGGAACCUCUGCCACAAGCAGAUGGACAACAAGUAUCGCCUCAUCGAGCACAUCAGCACCCAUUCGAACAAGAAGCUGGUCGCCUGCCACCACUGCGGCGAGGUGUUUCGCACCAAGACGACGCUCUUCGAUCACUUGCGUCGCCAGCCGGACAACAACACCAACAGCUUUCAGUGCGCCCAAUGCUUCAAGUUCUUUGCCACACAGAAGCUGCUGCGUAGCCAUGUGCUGCGGCACAUAAACGGCUUCAAGUGCACCAUGUGCGACAUGACAUGCAGCUCGGCCAGCGACCUGACCACCCACAUACGCUACCGCCACCUCAAGGACAAGCCCCUCAAGUGCAGCGAGUGCGAAAAGCGUUGCGUGCGCGAAUCGGAUCUGCUCAAGCAUGUGGAGAUUGUGCACAACAAAACCGUGCAUCGAUGCGAGCACCCAGACUGCCAGUACUCGGUGCGCACCUACGCCCAGAUGCGCAGGCACUUCCUGGAGGUGCAUGGCAACAAUCCCAUUCUGUAUGCGUGCCAUUGCUGCGAGCGUUUCUUCAAGAGCGGCAAAUCGCUGUCCACGCAUCUGAUGCAGAAGCACGGCUUUCGGCUGCCAUCGGGCCACAAGCGCUUCACGUACCGCGUGGACGAGAACGGCUUCUAUCGGCUGGAGACGACGCGCCUCGAGAGCAUGGAGGUGACCCAGCAGAUACUCGCACCGCAAUCGCACGCCCCCAACCAUGACGGGGCUGACGCGAAGCCAUCGUCGGGCGGCGGCAGCUGCUACGAGAUUGUGGAUCCAACGAAUACAGAAUUUGGGCGCAUCAUUGUCUCCAACGAUCCCGAUGAGGCCCAGCUCGUGGGCGAGGUCAUCAUAUCGCUGCCGACCCUCACUGACGAGCUCUGAGGGCGGUCGCUCGGUCGGUCGGCACACACCCAAAACCUCAUCAUGCUAUGCAAGGGCUGUUCUCCAUUGUCGUACCCAUAGAUAAGUUAAGGAUAUUUCCACUCCUCACUGCACGUUCUAGAGUCUAGACCUAAGCCACAAUCACACCCGACCCAACCCAUUUGUUCAGAGCAAUUCAUUCUCUGAGACUUUUAUUAACCGUCUCGUCUCCUCGCUGAUCUCGUGCCCUGCCGCACACAACCACAAAAACUCAUAUCUCCGCGCAGAUUUCUGCUUGUGUCUCGCGUCGCGUGUCCUGUCGUCCAUUGGGGAGUCUGUGCGUCCGCAUGCCUGUGCUUAUUUCCUUAGUAAUAAUCGUCUCACAGCCUAACUCACAUUUUUAAUUGUUUAAGCAUCAAGUUUCAAUUUAUUUUUUUAACAUUUCUAACUGUCUUCA